GAUGGAUCAUGCAUGGUAUCAAAGAAUUGAAUAUUGUGAAGUGAUCGAGAGAAUUUCAAUAACGGAGUGGCAAAUCAUUCAAAAGAAUAAAACUAGGUAUUAGGGAGAAUUAUUAUUGUUUAUUUUUUGAUGUUAUAGCUAUAAGUCUUGUAACAAUUAUGGACAGGAUUUGGAAAAGCAACAUUGAAAUCGCUCCAAAUUGCCCCAGGUGUGCCUCUACCCAUACAAAGUUUUGUUACUACAACAACUACAGCCUCUCACAGCCCAGGUACUUCUGCAAAGGCUGCCGCCGGUAUUGGACCAAGGGCGGCUCCCUCCGCAACGUCCCCGUCGGCGGUGGCUGCCGGAAGGGCCGACGCUCGUCUAAACCCGCCUCUCGGCCGGAAGCCGAGCGACCGCCUUAUCGUUCUCCAAUCGCGACGUCACCGUUCGACGCCCUUCACUUCCCCGGCGAGUCAACUCAUGCUGACCAUUCCGGAAGUGGUCAACGAGGCUUCCCUCCUGCUCCCAUGUUCAUGGAGCAGGGAGAAGGGAGCCUUCAUCAAGAAGCUUUUAUCAACGGCGGCGAAGAACGCGUUUUUGGAGUGGAUGGUUGUGACCGGAAUGAGCUUCACGACGAGUUGCAGGCUCUCUUGCUCGGCGAGGACGGUGGUCAAUGGUCAACGCCGGAAGGGCCGCCGGAUAUGGAGUGGCAGCCGCCGGUGAUGAUGAUGAUGCAGCCGCAGCAAGUUGAAGCUGAUUUCGGGACAUUCGUCGGAGGUGACGUUGACUGUUGGACGGGAGCUAGAGGGUCCACGUGCCUUGCGGCGGCUGCGGUUGAUAACGAUGAUGUUUGGGGGUCAUAUGAUUUGUCGUCUGGUUCUGAAAAUUUCGUGUGGCCUUGAAGCCAGCCCCAUCCGGUCAGUUAAUUUGGAAGGUCAAGUCUUUUUCAUCCUUUGUUGGGAACACAGAGCGUUGGUGAAUGGUGAUGGAUGGAUGGUAUACAAGAUUUUAACGAUUUUACUGACUAAUUAAAAUCUCACAUUUCAACAUUUCAUAGAUUUUAAUCGUGUGUAGUUGAUAUGUGCUCUUUAAUAAUGCAUACACACAAAUUUUAGAAUAAUGUUACAUUAUAGGGUAUAUAUUAAGACUAGAAUUAGAAUAUAUUAAAAGAUUUGACAUAUAAGUAAGAAGUAUGAUGGAAAAGUAAGAUUAAAUCACUUAAGAGCAUAAGGAAGGAAUUUGAACGGGAAGGAAUUUGAAGACAAAAAAAGCUUCAUGGAAGACAAAGAAAGAAGAAAAAUAUGAUUUAGUAACACAUGCAGUCGGAUAUAUCAGAUUUAGUAUGGAUCAAGUAUGAUUUGACCUGAAGAUCAUACGAAAUCAAACAAAAGCAAGAGAACUUGACGUGGAAAAAUCUUAUUUGCUAGGAAACCCGAUCAGGUUAGGGAAAAACCCUGUGGGAUUUAAUUAAAUUUAAGCACAAUACUUUUCGGGCUGCUGCCAUAGAUACUCGGUCAAGUAUCCUAGAUUCUCGGUCGGGUAUGUGACCAUGCAGCAUGAAAACACCUAUAAAUACACUCAUUUCCUUCCCAUUUUGGAUACCAAUCAAUCAUCCAUCCUUAUCCUAGUAACUUAGGUAGUCUCUUAGCUUGGUUUUGCUAUAUUGAAGUUUGUGAUUUGCAAAUUGUGAGUUACUUUAAUUUUACUCUCAUCCUCUCUUGAAUAUUAAUUACUUCUCUAUUUAUAUUUC